UGCCGAUCCUGAGACCAAGUGUUAACGGGAAUUCUGCUCAUUAUAUCUCUCUUUUUGACAAUUGGCUUCUUGGGACCACUCUGCUCUUCUAGACAUUUCUGUUAGGACUUGUCUGUAAUUUCCUUUCCUGUUUUUUGUCAUUUUGUUAUGGUUGUUUGUUAGAAUAUUCCACGUAGUGAUGCUCUCCAUAUAUGUGGGACGCUCCUCUAUGAUUGGUAUGAGUGAUGAUUCAAGAAUUCUAUCUGAAGUUGCUUUCUCCUAGAAUAUCCAGAUCUGCACAUUUUCCAUUUUCAGUAUAUCACUCUUUAUGGUAUCAGAGCCAUUCCGUAUCUGAGAUAAAACACUCUCCACUGUCAUUGAUUAAACAUGGCAAGUAAUGGAAGAUUUACUUUUGCGGAUAUGCAAAAUCCGCUCUUCUUGCACCCAUCUGAUGGUCCGCUUUCAAUCAGUGUUGCCAAACUUCAAGGGGCUGGAGAUUUUCGUUCCUGGAAGCGUUCUUUUGAACUACAGAUAUCCGCUAAGCGAAAGCUUGGUUUUCUCACUGGUACUGUGAUCAAGAACACUGAUGAUGAGAUUCAAGCUACUCAAUGGGAUACAUGCAACGAUAUGUACAAACACUCAGGGCAAUAGCAGUGAAGCUAAAUAUUAAGCAUUGGGACGUUAAAAGGAGUUCUUGUAGUGGGGGUGGAGGACUGAGUGUACUGUUUGACAUUCCUCAGCCACUUAGCAAUGUGACUUGCGAUUGUACAUUCAGUAACCAUUCGGUUUGCCAUGUCACCCAUAUCCAUUUGAAGCGCCUGAACUUGACAGGAGAGCUACCUUCCGACUUUUCAAAACUUGCCUUUCUGCAGGAAUUGGACCUGGUUCAAAACUAUAUAAAUGGAACAAUUCCCGUUGCUUUUGGACAGCUUCCUCUCAAAACUCUAAACCUUCUGGAUAACCGUAUCAGUGGUUCGAUUCCCCGAGAAAUAGCUAAUAUCGAUAUGCUUGAAGAGUUGAUCUUGGAAGAUAAUCAAUUAGGAGGACCCCUUCCUCCAGAGCUUGGAAAUCUGGGGAGUUUAAGGAGACUCCUUCUUUCUUCUAACAACUUUAUUGGAACGAUACCAGAGUCAUAUGGUACCCUAAAGAAUCUAAAAGACUUUAGGAUAGAUGGGAGCAGACUGUCUGGAAAGAUACCCGAUUUUAUUGGAAACUGGACUAACAUAAAAAUCUUGAAUCUGCAAGGAACGUCUAUGGAAGGUCCUAUUCCUUCUAGUAUCUCACUUUUGAAAAAUCUAAUAGAGUUUAGGAUAUCUGAUUUGAAUGGAUAUGUUUCAAGCUUCCCCAAUCUACGUGAUAUGACUAAUAUGACAUACUUGAUACUGAGAAAUUGCUUAAUUGAAGAUUCAAUUCCGCCAUACAUUGCAGAGAUGAGAAGUUUAUAUACCUUGGAUUUGAGCUUUAAUAGGCUGUCUGGGCGAAUCCCAGAUUCCAUUCAGCCUUUGAAGUCUAGCCUGAACUUUUUGUACUUGAAUAGUAACUUGCUAAGCGGAGUGAUACCAAGAUGGAUUUCUGACAGCAACAAAAAUUUUGAUGUAUCUUACAAUAAUUUUACGCAGUCAACAUCUCUAUACCGAUGCCAGGCAUCCAGAGUGAAUUUGGUUUCUAGCCAUUCAUAUUCAACCAGCAAUCUAACUCCCUGGUGCUUGAAAAAAGAUCUCCCUUGUCCCCGAACAAUCCAAUAUCAUUCUCUAUUUGUUAAUUGUGGUGGACCCCAAAUAAAAUCAGGGGGGAAUGAGUAUGUGCAAGAUUUGGUUACAGAAGGAGCAUCAUACUUUUAUUCAACUGAUCGAUGGGCUUAUAGCAGCACAGGUGUUUUCAUAUCUAAUGACAAAUCCAAUUUUGUGGCCAGAAAGGCCAAUGUGACCGGAGAUGAAUACUAUCAGACAGCCCGCCUUUCCCCUUCUUCACUCAAGUACUAUGGACUUUGCUUGCAAAAGGGCAGUUAUAAAGUUCGCCUCCAUUUUGCCGAAAUACAGUUUUCUGAUGAUGAGACAUAUGGAAGCAUUGGAAGGCGUAUUUUUGAUGUAUCUAUUCAGGGAAAUAUUGUUUGGAAAGAUUUUAACAUUGCAGAGAAAGCUGGAGGAAUUGGAAAAGGUAUCACCUUGGAGAAGGAUGUAACUGUUAAUAGUAGCACUCUGGAGAUUCACCUGCACUGGUCAGGGAAGGGGACUACUGCCGUUCCUGAUAGAGGUGUAUACGGACCUUUAAUCUCAGCAAUUUCUGUAACGCCAAACUUUGUUAUCAAAAAGAGGGAAGUCCGGGGACUAUCAAUUCCAAUGAUUGCUGGCAUUUUAGUUGCUUCAAUUGUGAGUCUUGCCUUGAUGUUAUAUAUCUUCUGGAUGAAAGGUUUCCUAGGGGGAAAAUAUGUUGAAGAUAAAGAAUUGCGAGGAGCAAUAGAACAAAAGACAGGUUACUUCAGUUUAAGGCAAAUCAAAGCUGCAACUGGUAACUUUAACCAUGCAAAUAAGGUUGGCGAGGGAGGAUUUGGACCAGUUUACAAGGGCAUUCUACCAGAUGGUCAAGAAAUUGCUGUUAAGCAGCUGUCCUCCAAAUCAAAGCAGGGAAACCGUGAAUUUCUCAAUGAGAUAGGCUUGAUAUCUGCUUUACAACAUCCAAAUCUUGUAAAGCUUCAUGGAUGUUGCAUCGAAGGAAACCAGUUGUUGCUAAUAUACGAGUACUUGGAAAACAACAGUCUUGCUCAAGCCCUUUAUGGACGUGACAGACAACUAAACCUUGUUUGGACGACAAGAAAGAAGAUUUUAUUGGGCAUAGCAAGAAGCUUAGCUUAUCUUCACGAGGAAUCAAGGUUGAAGAUUGUUCAUAGAGACAUAAAGGCUACCAAUGUACUGCUUGAUAGAGAUCUAAAUGCAAAGAUAUCAGACUUUGGUUUGGCAAAGCUCGAUGAAGAAGAGAACACUCAUAUCAGCACACGAGUUGCUGGAACAUUAGGGUAUAUGGCUCCAGAAUAUGCAAUGCUGGGCCACUUGACUGCUAAAGCAGAUGUGUACAGCUUUGGCAUCGUUGCAUUAGAGACUGUUAGCGGGAGAAGCAACACAGAUUACAUAUUAGAAGAAGAGUUCGUGUCCCUUCUUGAUCGGGCUUACGUCCUUCAAGAGCAGGGAAAUCUUCUCGAAAUUGUCGACCCGAUACUUGGCACAAACUACUCCAAACAAGAGGCAACAAGUGUGAUUAACAUAGCUCUACUAUGCACUAGCCCAUCACCUUCCCUCAGGCCAUGCAUGUCCGCCGUUGUAAGUAUGCUUCAGGGGAAAAGGAAAGUUGAAGCACCCGUUGUCGCAAGCAACACAACUUGCGACUACACGGAGUUUAAAGGCUUCGAGAAUAUCACACUAGCCAGCCAAACACGAUCUUCUAUGUUCUCUGGCAAGAGCCUGGGAGCAAGGAGCGUGUCAUCAAUGGACUGGCCAUGGGAUGAUUCCUCUGUUUCUAUGCCAAGUAAAGAUACUAGUAGACUUGUCACUGAUCUGUAUGAUGUUAUUUUAGACUAGAUCUCUAAAUGCAACUAAAAGGACAUAUUGCAUUAUGUAAUAACAAGGAUGGACAGUAUACAAUGUACAAGAUGAACUAGUUAUACUAUUAACGAGACUGACUAACAAUUUACAAAGGGAAAAAAAAACUUCAUUUA